ACAGUUCCUGCUCAGUGUUCUUUAUUUCAACUGUGUUCUCGGUGGAAGUCUGUCUCCAGUAUCGGAACGUACCAUAAGUGUGUCAUAAACGGAAAUCGCCGACCUCCCAAAUAGACAGAAGCCAUUUGGCCGUCACUGAUAAAUCCUGCUAGGAAACGACACUCAGCGGGCCCAAAGGAGAAUCGACUAAUUGAUACCACCGUAAAAAAGAGGAGGAACUCAGAAAGAAACGAUGGAGAUUCUGGGAGUGAAAUUCGCUCCGUUAAACGUUCCAUUAAAUCGACGAUUAGAAACGCUCUCAGUCGCGCUUUGGAUCCUACUUUUGGGAUUUGGAAACUUCAUAGGAUAUAUUCUCGCCGCCUAUUUUCUUUUCUUCACCCAAACUAUGCGUUACUUCAUAUUACUUUACUUCGUCUGGAUGUAUUACGAUUGGAAUAAAUUCGAUCUAGGCAAAAUACGGAAAAUAUUCGAGCCACGUUUCAGAAACUGUGCGUGGCACCGACACUUCUGUAACUACUUUCCUAUAAAAUUAGUGAAAACCACUGAUUUGGAUCCGAACAAAUUGUAUUUAUUCUGUACUUUCCCGCAUGGGAUCUUAUCGUUAGGAGUUUAUGGUGCAUUCGCAACAGACAUCAUCAGUUGUAGAGAACUUUUCCCGGGUGUCGAAUUUAGAAUCGCCGUACUGGCCCAACACUUUAAAACGCCGCUUUACCGCGAGUAUUCUCGCAUCACCUGUGCUCUUGAAAGCAGUGCAGAGUGCGUGAAACAACAACUAUCGACGAGACCGUCGCCACCGUACACCGGAAGGGCGAUAGUUCUGAUACCUGGUGGUGCAGCAGAAGCAUUCGAAUGUAAACCGGGCGUUUACCGCAUCCUGAUAAAAAGGAGAAAAGGCUUCGUAAAGCUCGCGCUGCAAAAUGGAAACCCUCUGGUUCCUGUCUGUUUAUUCGGAGAAACGGAUACUUACGAUCAAUUGACCUGGCCAGAUGGUUCGUACAUGAAGAGACUACAGGAGUACAUUCGUAAGAAAAUCGGUAUAGCGCCGGUUGUACCGGUUGGUCGAGGAUUCUUCCAAUACACUUUCGGUUUUAUCCCUCGACGGAAGCCAAUUACUGUCGUUGUCGGUAGUCCGAUGGAGUUACCAAAGAUAGAAGAACCAACGAGAGAACAAGUCGAGGAAUAUCACGAGAAAUUCGUCAAGCACCUGGUGAAAUUUUUCGAGAACGAGAAACACAAGUACAUCGAGAACGCGGAUUCGGUGCAUCUUGAGUUCGUAUAGUGAUAUCACGAAAUAAUGACCAUUUAUAACGGACCCGCGCAGUGAUUGUUCGAAGGACCAAGAAACUGCUCAAUUGAUGUGUAAACGUGUAUUGAUGUUUCACUUUUCGGCUCACGAGAUGGAGAAUUUGCUGUUUCCGAUGAAGACAUGAAGGGAAAGUAGGGCAAGAUAUGGAGUACAAUUAUUUUAUCUCCGAAGAUAUUUAUACUAUUUAAUGGAAAAAUUAUAUAAUAUUUUAAAUAUUUUGUGGUACUUUGAAUGUGGUUGGAGCUUGGAGACACUGUUAUGGGGAUGUUUAUUGGUUUAAUAAUAUUAUCUAUUUAAUAUUUUGUAGAAAUUUUAGUGAAGGAUUGUAUAAAGAAUUUGAUUAGAGAGUAGUGAAUGUGUCAUUUUUAGCUGAUAUAUUUUAUAAUUAAUAUUUAUUAAUACAGAAAAAGAUAGUAAUAAGUGAAAAUGUUAGACCAAAUUUACAAAUAAACAUUUACAAAUAAA